UCCAACCAGUUGCAUCUCCAUCGGAUCCCAUCGCAGGCGCAAUUCCAUCCAAUACAACUCCGAUCGCACAAGCUCCAGCCACAGCAGCACAGACUCCAGCUCCUACUGCUGAAGCGGCAGCUCCAGCCACGUCGCAUACAAACGAUCCACGACGUUCAUCGGUCCAACCACAACAAGCAACGUCUGAAGCAACGCAGUCACGUAAGAUGAGUGUUGGAAACCCGAAUAUAAUGGCAACCGUCAAUGCACCACAAAAGAAGUUAUCAGCUCCUCCACAUCACUUUCCACAACCAGCAGCUGGUGGUGUUACUCCUUCGGUGGUUUCGGCAGCAAAUGCCACUCCGCUUCAGACGCAAGGUUCCGCCGCACCUGGUCCACCUGCACCUGCAGCAG